AUGGGAAAGGAUAAAAUAACAAGAUUUCUUGAUUCUGAAAGUGAAGAGGAAUUAAACUCAUACAACAGAUUUAAAAAAAGAAGGAGAAUUUUUGAAGUUCAUUCUUCAACAGAGGAAGAGGAAGUAAUUGAGAAUGAGAAUUUACAAAACAGCACCUUCAAAGAAGGAUUCAGAGAACACAGAAGUGGUACUUAUAUUCAGAAAAUUCGUAAAAUUAAACGGAAUUCAAGGAAAAGAUACGAUACACAAUCGGGAAAAAUUAUUCCUGCCAAAGUUUUUCAAAAUGAAGAUUGCCAAUGCCGAAAAGACUGCUUGAAAAAUUUAAAUGAAACAGAAAGAAAACGUAUUUUCGAAAUGUUUUGGAACUUAGGAGACUUUAAUAAGCAAAAUAUAUUGCUAUACGAAGCGACCGGACGCAGUGUUGUAAAAAGAGGAGGUCAGAGAAACGGAAAAGGUUCAUGUAGAAAUGAGAGUUUUACGUAUUGGUUAAAUUAUAAAACAGGCAAAGUUGCUGUUUGUAAAAAUUUUUUUUUUAGAUACUUUUCAAAUAAGCGAAGGACGAUUGAUACGUGUAUUAAAAUCUAA